AUGCCAAAAGAGGAAGACUGCCAAGAAGUACUCCGCAGGGAGUAUACAGGCAUCUUACUGAUCUGCCAACAAGGCAAAAGGGCAGAACGUUUAUUCCAACCUGUGAGGCAUCAAGGCAACGAAAAGCACGUGAUCUUCCCCAGUUUUGCCUGGCGCCCCAUUUCUCCAACAUUUUCCACCCAGAAAGAGCCUCAUCGAACCACCACCCGCGCUACCCCCCUGUGGCACGUACUUGCAUCUAAAGACCCCGAAUCGAAGUUACUGAUUGCGCGCACUCCCAGCAAGACUGCCGACGACGCGUCUUCGCUCCCCUCCCAGGAACCACUGCGUCGACAGGCGCAAGAGGUACGUCUGAACUCAAACACCAUCAGAAACGUACAGCAAUUCAUCAUGUCCUACCCGCCGCCACCAGGUCUUCACUCUACCCCCUCACCUCAUCCAUCUCUCCCCGCGCGACCACCACCCUCCUCACUCCCGCAGAAGCCCGCCUACCCCCCGAGCAACAAUGCCGGAAGAGGCGCCGCGCCCUAUGGCGGCUUCAACGGGUUCGCUCCCAGAUCCGUAGCCAUCCCGCAGCAGCAGCAGCCGCCUAGCUACAAUUCCUACAACUCUCCCACGACAUACCAACAACCACAAUACAAUGGCUACGCCGCGCCUCCCCAGCCAGAACCCGCCUACGGCGCCGCGCCCCAGAUCCGCAACCCCUUCGCGCCCCCCUCCCAAUACGGAGCUGGGAGAGGCUACGAGGAGGAUCCCGAGAUGGCGGCCCAGAUCGCACAGUGGCAGUCUGCAUACGCCAGCAAGGACACGCAAGCCGGCUCGGGUGGGUAUACCGGCGCGGUGAAACGAUACCCGACGGGCGACGGAGGAGCCGGCGCAGCGACGAGCGCGAAUGCCGCACCGCUGGGGCGGUCCGAGGGGCCCUCGAUGAGCUCAGCGGCCAUGACGUCCGCCGCGCACAACGACACGGGCGUAGCGUCGGUCGUGUCGGACGCGAAAACCAACCAGAAGACCGUGGUGCGGUCGGGCGGCGGCACGCAGUGGACGGACUCGACGCUCCUCGAAUGGGACCCUGCGCACUUCCGGCUGUUCGUAGGCAACCUAGCGGGCGAGGUGACGGACGACUCGCUGUACAAGGCCUUCUCGCGCUGGCCCAGCGUGCAGAAGGCGCGCGUGAUCCGCGACAAGCGGACCACCAAGAGCAAGGGCUACGGCUUCGUGAGUUUCAGCGACGGCGACGAUUUCUUCCAGGCCGCGCGCGAGAUGCAGGGCAAGUACAUUGGCAGCCACCCGGUCCUGCUCCGGCGGAGCACGACGGAGAUCAAGGUCGUCACGCCGAAGGAUAAUAAUCGGCAUGGCAAAGGCAAGAACAAGGGCAAGGGCGGGAAUGGAAGUAAGGAUAAGACGGGCGCGGGGGUGCAAAAACCGGGUAGUAAGACGAAGGGCGGUUUGAAAGUGUUGGGUUAG